AUGUCGUCGAAGCGCCACUCCGACGUGCUGGGCGUCGGCCGGAAGGCCAAGCGUCAGCGCCAGCGCCGCCACCUUUACUUCGUGGUCGACGACGGGGACGGGUACGCCAUCCGAAAGAUGGACCUGUCAUCGGAAUACGAGUCCGACGACGACGCGGCGCGGCACGAGGACGGGGAGAUCGAGACGGUGGGCGCCGCGUGGUCGCCCCUGCCGGAGGCCCUCAUCCGCCUGCCUGCUCAGACGGGCGAGUUCUUCGUCGCCAGCGGCACCAAGAUCCUGGUCACGGACUGCGGCUGGCCGGAGCACGCCGUCCCCGUCUUUGACGUGCACUCGCGGAGCCUCACCCUCGGCCCUCGCCCCCACAGCCGGACGUGCCCGCACACCCCGAUCUACAUGCCGGCCCUCUUUGACCCCGCGCUCGAUGCCUGGGUCGGCCUCUCCGGGGACAAGGACACCCUCGGCCACCUCUGCUCCUCGGACGUGCCGCCCGUCGAAGCCGACGAUGCUGGCAGUGAGGACCACGACGACGAGGGCGACCCUUACCAGGAAGAUGACGUCGACGUCGACGAGAGCGACCGUUACAAGGAGAAGGUGAAUGAGGAGAACCUACCUCGUCGCCAUCUGCUCCAGCUCAUAACAUUCACCCUCAAGGAUGACAAGAAUGGACAACUGACUACUGCCAAGCGCCGCCGGGUUCGAUGCUUCGAGUUGCUGCGUCACGCUGAUCCGCUCUUUGAUGAUAUCCGAGCCUUCUGGAUAUAA